AUGGCGCGGAAUCAAGAGAAAGCGCAGUCGAUGCUGUACCGGUUUCGAGAAGCGCAAGCCUCUUCUCUCGGUCUCACCCCAAAACCUACCCGACGACCACGCCUUGCAUCCUCCGUGUCCUCGCUGAAAGAGUGCGAGCGAUGGCGCGGGGAUGUGUUGCGCGAAAUCUCCCGCAAGGUCAGCAAGAUACAAGACUUUGGUCUCACCGACUACGAGGUUCGCGAUCUGAAUGACGAGAUCAACAAGCUGUUGCGCGAAAAGGCGCAUUGGGAGAACCAGAUCCUCGCCCUGGGUGGGGCGAAUUACAAACGGGCUGUGCCGAGCAUGGGCGCUGACGCAGGCGUGGGGAGAGGCGGUUAUAAGUAUUUUGGGAGAGCAAAGGAUCUACCGGGAGUGAAGGAGUUGUUUACGGCAAGUGGGAAGGAGGACGGGGAGGGGGCGAGGGAGGAGAGGUAUCAACGGUUCAAAGGGUUACCGCCCAGCUACUACGGGGAUGAGGAUGAGGAUGAUGGGGUGUUGUUGGAGGAGGAAGGGCGGGCAGAGGAGGCGGAGUGGAAGGAGAGGUUCUUGUCGGUCGUUCAGGGGCUCAAGACUGACUUGGCGAGAGGGGAAGAGAUGGACGUAAGCGAAGAAGAGACGAGCCUCGGGGAGAUCGAGGUGCCGAGCAUCCCAAGACCAACGCCAAAGCCGUGGAAGGAGAGCAUGGCGGCCUUCGCUCAGUCCUUCAACACCGCGUACACCGAACCAGAGCCGGCAGACGCUACAGGCAAGCGCCCACAAGAGGACGCCGAGGAGGAAGGCGCAUCGAAACGACUCAAGGGCGAACAGGGACAGCCGAUCGUCCCAGAAUCAGCACCAGCACCGAGCAUGGGAUACUCGAUCUUCACCGCAGAAGACCUGCAGCAUCCAGCAGUGCCCGACCGCGCAGCGCUCGAAAAGAUGAUCCUCAAAGCCAAGAAGCGGCAGUUGAGAGAGGAGUACAUCGGCGCAUGA